AUGCAAAAUAACUCUGCCGAAGAUAUAGAAUCAGCUGGAUCUUUUAUUGAAAAAGAAGAACUCGAAGAUCCAGAUGAUGAAGUACCAAUGGAACAAGAAGAAGAAAAUCUCACAAAUAAUAGUGAUGAUGCUUCUACAAAGUCCGAUUUAGCUUCAAAAAUAUCGCAAUCACACGAAGACGAUGCAAUUCAAGAAGAAAUCGAGCGAAUUAAUUAUCAAAUUGCACAAGAAGAAAAAAUGCGUGAGAAAUAUUUAAAUCAAAUCGAUAAAAUGACUAAUGACAUUGAACAAAUGAAAGCAGAUGGAAAAACUAUAGAAUUAAAUGUUGAAGAAUUAGAUGAGAAACGCAAGCAAUACCCAGAACCUCCAGAACAAAGUUAUUACAGCGGCGACUUCUUCCAUAGAAUGAAUGCUUUUGAUGUACGCGAUGCAAUAGUUAACGGCGUAUACAAUGGCCAACAGAACGUCAUCAAGGAAAUGAAUAAUUUAAUCAAAAAGCAAAAACUCGCCAACGCAGCCCUUCAAAAGAAAUACGAGCAGUUAAUUCAACAAAUUCCAGGCUAUGUUGACUAUGAUAUGACCAAUGAUGCCAAAAGCGAAAAUAAAUCAGUGAAAUCAAACAAAUCUCGAAAGAACCAGCCCGAAAACAAAGACAUGAAACAGAUGAACAUACAGAUCUCUAAUAUCCAGAAGAGUAUCAACCAACAAGAUGAAGAAUUUAAGAAAUUAACCAGAGAAUGCGAAGAUUAUCAGCAAAAGAUACGCGACAUCAGUCUAGAAAUCAGUACAAAUCCAGAUAGUAACAUUGAGCUCAUGAAUGACCAGAUACAAGCCUUGGAUGAAGAAAUAAAGAACAAACAAAGGCAAUUAAAAGAAACCGAAGAAAAUUUGAAGACAGAACAAGGCAGAUCGAAUCGUAGUUCCCGUACAUCACAAGUAGAUGACAGAUCUAGAAUUUCCUACGCUUCCGAUGCAUCAAUGGAGAGAUGGCUCGAAAGACAACAACUAGUACAAGAAAGUAAGGCCAAAUCAGUGAAAGAAGACGACGCGUGGAUGUCCGAACGCGAUGCCCUUCUCCAGAACAUCCAGAAGGUCAAGCAGGAGAUAAGACAGUACGAACAAAAAGAGUCGUUUUCUCCAAGAAAGUCACUUUCUACUUCCUCGAGGAAGUCAAAAAGUGACGCUUCUUCAAUUUUGUCAAUUCGGUCACAGGAGAACAACAAAGGGUUUUUGAGGCAGGCGAUGGCCAUGGAGCUUGAGAACCUUCAGUCUGAAGACCACCCAAUUAAUCAAGCUAUAAAACAGGAAAGUCUCUACGCUGAAAAACUCAGUGCUGAUAUUUUGGCUGUUGAAGCAACAAAAAAGAGCAUUGAGGACUUCUCGUCAAGAUUGUUCGCAAAACAGGAUGAAGAUUAUGAUAACAGAAAACAGAGAAUUGAUAUGUUGAAGGCAGAACUUGCAGAACUUCGUUCAAAAGUCGGAAAUUAA